CUAACAAACUCUUAUCCUUUCCCCCCUCAAAUUUCCUUCUUAGCCUCAAAAAAACUCUGUCACAAAAAAAUAAUAAAAUAAAAAAUAAAAAAAUCACCACCUAGCAUCUAUCUAAAUAUAGUAUGAGAUGAAGAUGAUCAUUUGCUGCUAGCGUUUAUACUCUCCAAAAAUAAAUUUGAGAUUCUGUUAUAAGUACAUAUAUAUUUAUACUUGUAUAGUUAUAGUUAUCUAAAAAUAAUAAAUGUCUGUUGAGAGAUCAUUUGAAGCAUGGGAAGAAGUACAAAGACAUGGAUUAGAUUUAGCAGAUAAGUUAACCCAAAGUUUUACAGAUAUAAUACAGACCCAUAUCACUCCUAAGCUUUUUGAUGUUGAAUUACAUACCCAUAAGUUUGUUGAACAAGAUUUUAGGUUUUUAGUUAAUAACAAUAAUAGUAAUUAUGGAAUUAAUGGUGUUUCGGCUAUUUUCGAUAUUGGUAAUAAGUUAGGACAAGUUGGGUUGGAGUUUGGGUCAAGUUUGAAUGGCGCUGUUCAUCAGUUUUUUAGUAGUUUGCCUGUUCCGUUCCGGAACCAGGACGAUUCGGUUGUGGUGAGGGUGGAUAGUCAUAGUGGUGUUUAUAAGGAUGGUGGUUUGGGGAUUGGUAUAAAGGUUGAUGAGGAUUUGGGUGCGUUGGCGAAACGGUUUCAGGAUUUCGGAUUUGAUGAUGAUAUUGAGAAGGAGAAAGAUGAUUCGGGUAAUGAGGAUGUUGCAAAUUGGAAUUUGAAGGAUGCUGGAUUUUCGGGUAGAAGUCAGGGAACACUUAAUCUUUCAACAAUAUUUGAUAGUCGGACAUGUGGUGUGGAAAGUUCUUUGGCUGCAAGGGGAGAUUUUUGGAGAGUAGAGGCAUCACAUGGCAGUUUUUCCUUCGGAAAUGGGAAUCCGUCUCUUUUCCUUGUCCAGCUUGGACCAGUGCUAUUUGUUCGUGAUUCAACUCUUCUUCUGCCUGUGCAUUUGUCAAAACAACAUCUACUUUGGUAUGGUUAUGACAGAAAGAAUGGAAUGCAUUCUCUUUGUCCAGCUGUGUGGACAAAACAUAGAAGAUGGCUGUUGAUGUCGAUGUUAUGUCUCAAUCCUAUGGCUUGUUCAUUUAUGGACUUGCAGUUUCCAAAUGGCCAGCUCACCUAUGUUGCCGGUGAAGGUAUAUCCACCAGUGCUUUCUUACCGCUUUUUGGUGGUCUGCUUCAAGCACAAGGUCAAUACCCAGGAGAAAUGAGGUUCAGUUUCUCAUGCAAGAACAAGUGGGGAACACGCAUAACACCAAUGGUACAAGUGCCUGCAAAAUCAUUUACAUUGGGUUUUGAACAACCUUUGGCUUGGAAAAGAUCUGGUAUCAUGGUGAGGCCAACUCUUCAGUUCAGCUUACAGCCAACACUUGGUGGGAAUAACCCUGGUGUUAAAGCAGAGCUAGUUCAUUCUUUGAACGAGGAACUUAGUCUCAUUGGUGGUUGUUCUUUAGUGUCACACCCUUCUGCAUUUGCAUCACUAUCUCUAGGUAGGUCAAAGUGGAACGGAAAUGUUGGGAAAACAGGGAUAGUACUAAGAGUUGAAACUCCUCUUGCAGAUGUUGGCCAACCUUCUUUUUCUGUUCAAAUAAACAGUGGGAUUGAAUUCUGAUCAACAUUACAACCAAAAUAUACAACCGGUGAUGGAAUCUCAAGUUCUGUAUCCAAGUUGGAUACUCAUGUAAAUAAGCAAUGUUUCAAGCUAUGCUUUGAACUACCGCCUUUUUUCGGUUUUAGUCCUGACUCUAAGCUAGACAACAUGCUCAGAUUCUAGCUCAGCUGUAAUUCGGUUGGUGUUGGGAACCUCAAUGAACAAUACAAAGUUGUGUAAAGUCAACAUAAUCCUUGUAAUAUAGAUACGCUCUUUAUGAUAUAUAAAAGACAGGUAUUUCCAGUA